AUGAACUCUACCAAACGCAAGUUCAACGCCUUGCUCCAGGGACUGAGUAGUCCGCGCGCCAGCACAGAUCAAGAGUCUCCAGCUACCAUGUUUGGAAACCGAGCACCGAGCACCAAGGCUGUGGACUAUGAGGCGCUGCUGCAGAAACGUCGCCGUCUGGGCUUUCCAGAGUCAACCGCUCCACGCUUAGAUACCCCCGGUUCGUCAGGCCUCUCAAGCCUGGCCACCUCCAUCAGGCGAACAGUCUCUGAUGCCACGACUCCGAAAGUUCGGCGGGAUGGCUCUGCGAGGUAUUCUCCCGGUGACAGGGAGGAGCUGCUCAAGCGCCUGGCGACGUUUCAAGAAAUCACCGACUGGACGCCAAAGCCGGAAAGAGUCAACGAAGUGGAAUGGGCCAAGAGGGGCUGGGUAUGCCAGGGGAAGGAAAGGGUGCGAUGCCUGCUGUGCCACAAAGAGCUGGUUGUGAAGCUGAGAAAGGAGGCUGGAGACAAGGAGACGGAUGCAUUGACAGCGGCCGAAGUUGAGGCCGCAUUGGUUGACAAGUAUGCAGAGCUGAUUGUAAGCGCGCAUCAGUCAGACUGCCUUUGGAAGAGACGAGGAUGUGAUGAUUCAUUACUUCGGCUCUCAUUCGUGAGCUCAAAAGCCGUCAUCGAAGCUCUGAAACAGAGAUAUGUGGAGCUUUGCGCACGAGAGACAUUUAUCCCAUACGAAUUCAACCUUCGCCUCCCAGAGGACAUGAUCUUGGAUGACGUGGUUGACCAGCUCUCGCCAGAAUUUUUCACAAAUGAAAAGUCUGGUACAAAUACGCCCAAUCGACCAGCCCUUGCUCUCGCACUCUUUGGCUGGCAAGGCUUGACCAAUACCCGUAUUGGCGCUGUUGCAAAUACUGCGUCGUGUCACACCUGCCAGCGCAGAUUAGGUCUGUGGAUGUUCAAGAGCAAGGAAGUGGAUGAAAGCGGCAAAAUCAUUGUCCCCGCGCCGAUGGACUAUCUCGACCCCGAGCGGGAACACCGUUUUUUCUGCCCUUGGAAGAAUGCCGCCGCACAGAGCAGGGGACAUGCCACUCAGAGCAGCAGCGAAUCAGCUGAUAUGCCUGCAUGGAAGACACUGCUGCAGACUAUCAAGAACGAAUCGGAUCUACGGAUGGUGUACGAGGGUCGGGCCAGGUCGCCAUCUAAGCUGGCUGCCAAAGGUUCAUCCACGCCUCUCAAAACGCCCAGCCGACCAACCGGCAGCGGUCAUGCUCCGCAAAUCUCUGUUGAUUUGAGCGUGGACGGCGAGGAUGAUGAAGCUACACGGGAUGCCAAGGAUAAAGAGAGAUGGGCGAGGUUGCGCAAAGUCAAAAGCUUGUUCGAUACCAAGAAGUUGAGGAAGUCUGUGAGCAGCCGCCCAGAUACGGCGGCAUCCAUCAAAUCCAACAGGUCUAUCAAGGGGGACUAA